AUGAUUGACCUGUUUCUGAAUAGCCUGUUACUUGAAAUUCAACUCCACUUUGCCAAUACGAUGUACCCACAGGCAUACGCGGUUCAUCAGCACCAGGCUCAGGUCAUGAUGCCUGUUUUAACCCGGGACCACCUGGCGCUGCUAUUACGUCAAAACUGGAAGGAAAAAUAUCCAAUGGACACAUGCAGCAAUGGGAGUACGAAUAUUGAUGACAGCCUUACAAACUUAAACUGGCUUCAGAACUUGAAUAUCACCGCACCGACGCCACCAGCAAGCCCGGGACCUAUCUUUGGAGAUUACAAAAAUAUUAAAGUGAAUCCGAACUCAAUUCUAAAUGUGGCAUGUGGCCCUCCACACACUAAAAUGUUUGAAAUGAGAUGUGAACCAUUUGAGACUCCCUCGAGGAUUUCAACCACAUUAGGGGGCGAUUCCAUAGACUACAAGACAAAUCCAUAUGUGAAAGCGCCUUACUCGUAUGCAACUCUCAUCUGUAUGGCUAUUAAGGAAACUGAGAAGAGCAAGAUAACUUUGUCAGCAAUAUACAAAUGGAUUACAGACAAUUUUAUGUACUACAGAUCAGCAGAUCCAAGUUGGCAGAAUUCUAUCAGGCACAAUCUUUCCCUGAACAAGUGUUUCCAAAAAGUUCCUCGCAGAAAAGACGAGCCAGGCAAGGGAGGGUUUUGGAGAAUCAACCCAGAAUACAGCGACCUCAUUGAAAAUGGUGCGUUCAAGAAAUGUAGAAAUAGUCACGAUGGACAGACAACGAAUACGACCAGUUGUACUACGACAAAUACUCAAUUUAGUUUAGAACGUGUUAAACAAGAGCCUAUUGAUAAUGGUUAUGAAGAAAUUGGCUGCAGUCAACCUACAAAAAUUCGCAAACUUGACGAAGGAAACAGUGUAUUGCAAUUUGGUGCUAAUGAAGAGGAAGGAAACCUUAAAGGCGAUUUUAACUGGACUUCAAUUCUCAAUCAAGAUAUAGAAAUUGGAGGAAUCAAAAUUAAAACUGAAGACUUAAUAGACACUAAUGACGAUGCUGCUUGUCCAAUCAUGGCAAUGAGCCCGCCAUCAUCCGAUUCAAACUCAGUUUCAGAAUUAGGUUUAGAUGAUCUGUUAGGUGAUACUGACUUUUCAAAUUGUGGAUCUCCAUUUGACAAUAAAACAGCAGACUGUUUGAGUCUCCCAGUGUUCGGAACUGGCAUUCAUUCUCCAGAUUGGUGGGCGGAUAGCCUAAAUAGCGGGGAAAGAGGGCUGUUACAAAGCAUCGAGAUUUCUGAGGCGGUUAGCGGACUUAUUACUCCUAUGGCCUCUCCUGCUCAUGAGUCGGGCAUAACUGGUGAUCCCUGCUUUGACCGCGUAGAAGUUAACCUAGACACUCUCUUUGAAGACUGCUAUAGCCAUAUCUAUGGUUCAUGA